CCAGCCAGCCAGCCAGUCACCUAAAAUGGCUGGAGAGACGAGAAGGUGGAGGAGGCGCCGGAGGUGAGGCGCGCAGCUCCCUCGGGCCGCCUCCCCGCGGAACAGCGGCCAGCGGCUCCCGCCUCCUUCGCUCCCGCCGCUUGUCCUUUCUCACCUUUGGUUUUUCGUGCGUAAUUCGAAUUAAAUGACACGCUCUUUCUCCCGAGCCCGCCGCGCCUCCCAGCUCUGAGCCAUGUCGGCCGGCCAAGACGAGAGCUCCGUCCGGGUUGCUGUCAGAAUCAGACCUCAACUAGCCAAAGAAAAGAUUGAAGGAUGCCAUAUCUGCACAUCUGUCACACCUGGAGAACCUCAAGUGUUCCUGGGGAAAGAUAAGGCCUUCACGUUUGAUUAUGUAUUUGAUAUUGAAUCCCAGCAAGAAGAAAUCUAUAUACAAUGCAUAGAAAAACUGAUUGAAGGCUGCUUUGAAGGAUACAAUGCUACCGUGUUUGCUUAUGGGCAGACAGGAGCCGGUAAAACAUACACCAUGGGGACUGGAUUUGAUGUUAACAUAAUGGAAGAGGAACAGGGCAUUAUACCACGAGCUGUAAAACACCUGUAUAAAUGUAUUGAAGGAAAAACACAUGCAGCUAUUCAACAAGGGGUUCCACCUCCAGAAUUUAAAGUGAAUGCUCAGUUCUUAGAGCUUUACAAUGAAGAAGUACUUGACCUCUUCGACACAACGCGUGACAUGGAUUCAAAGAACAAAAAAUCAAACAUAAAAAUCCACGAAGAUUCAGCGGGUGGAAUAUACACGGUGGGGGUCACAACACGGACUGUAAAUUCAGAAUCUGAGAUGAUGCAGUGUUUGAAGCUGGGCGCUUUAUCUCGAACCACUGCCAGCACUCAGAUGAAUGUUCAGAGUUCACGUUCACAUGCCAUCUUCACUGUCCACUUGUGUCAAACGAGAGUUUGCCCUCCAGUUGAUGCAGACAACAUGACAGAUAACAGAAUGAUAUCGGAGUCAUCUCAGCUAAAUGAGUUUGAAACCCUUACUGCUAAGUUUCAUUUUGUGGAUUUGGCAGGGUCCGAACGAUUGAAGCGCACAGGGGCCACCGGGGAGAGAGCGAAGGAAGGCAUUUCCAUCAAUUGCGGGCUAUUGGCGUUGGGCAACGUAAUAAGUGCACUGGGAGAUAAGAGCAAGAGGGUCACUCAUGUACCAUACAGAGAUUCAAAAUUAACACGACUGUUGCAAGACUCUCUUGGAGGAAACAGCCAAACCGUCAUGAUAGCCUGCGUAAGCCCCUCGGAUAGAGAUUUCAUGGAAACCUUGAACACUUUGAAGUAUGCAAACCGGGCACGAAAUAUCAAGAACAAGGUGAUGGUUAAUCAGGACAGGGCUAGCCAGCAGAUUAAUGCUCUGCGGAGCGAGAUCACGCGGCUCCAGAUGGAACUCAUGGAGUAUAAAACGGGCAAAAGGAUUAUUGAUGAGGAAGGUAUGGAAAGCGUUAAUGACAUGUUUCAUGAAAAUGCCAUGCUGCAAACAGAAAACAACAACCUCCGAGUCAGGAUAAAGGCAAUGCAAGAGACUAUUGAUGCACUGAGAGCCCGAAUCACACAGCUUGUGAGUGAUCAGGCCAACCAGGUCCUUGCCAGAGCAGGAGAAGGUAAUGAAGAAAUCAGCAACAUGAUUCAUAACUACAUCAAGGAAAUUGAGGAUCUCAGGGCAAAACUACUGGAAAGUGAGGCAGUGAAUGAAAACCUUCGGCGCAACUUGUCGAGAGCCUCAACAAGGUCAACGUACUUUGGUGGCCCCUCUUCAUUUUCUGCUUCGAUGCUUCCCUCCGAUAAAGAGACAAUCGAGAUUAUUGACUUAGCGAAAAAAGACUUGGAAAAACUGAAGAAAAAAGAAAAGAAGAAGAAAAAGAGGCUGCAGAAACUUGAGGAAAGCAGUCAAAAGAAAGAAGUACUGGUUAAAGAGGAGAGCACAGACAAUGAGCAGGAGAAGAGGGAAGAAAAGGGUGCUUCUGAAAGAGAGAACAAUGAACUGGAAGCAGAAGAAGGCCAGGAGCUUAGUGACCGUGAAGAUGACGAGGAAGAUGACGAGGAUGAUGAAGAUGACAUGGAAGUUGUGGGAAGCUCAGAUGAUUCCGAUUCCGAUUCCGAUGAAAAAGCAAGCUAUCAGGCAGACCUAGCAAACAUCACAUGUGAAAUUGCCAUAAAACAGAAGCUGAUAGAUGAACUGGAAAACAGCCAACGAAGAACUUCAGACCUUAAAAGACAAUAAGAGAAGCUGAUGAUGCUACAACAUAAGAUUCGAGAUACCCAACUUGAAAGAGAUCAGGUGCUUCAAAACCUGGGUUCAGUGGAAUCUUGCUCAGAAGAAAAGGCGAAAAGGUUAAAUCGGAGUAUAAAAGAGCUCCAAUCCAUGAAUAAAGAACUGCAGAGGCUUCAGGCUGCUCAGAAAGAACACGCACGGUUUACUUACAAAUCAGUUCGUCUGAUGAAGCAAAUGAAAGAAGAGCAAGAGAAGGCCCGGAUGAAUGAAUCUAGAAGAAAUAGAGAGAUUGCACUGAAAAAGGAGCAGCGAAAACGAGAGCAUCAGCAACUUCUGGAGGCUCAGAAGAGGAAUCAGGAAGUUGUUCUGCGCCGGAAAACAGAAGAGGUUACAGCUCUUCGCCGGCAGGCAAGGCCUUUGUCUGAUAAGGUGGCUGGGGCAAACCGGAAGCUGAGUCUGCCUGAGCAGGCUAAUCACGAACCAGGUUCUAGUGUGUCGUCGGUAGACAAAGGAUCGAGAGCAGCGUCACAACAGAAGGUGCGGAUACCGGUAGCAAGGGUCCAAGCGUUGCCAGCAGCCACGACCAAUGGGACCAGGAGUAAAUAUCAAAGAAAAGCGAUGACCACAAGAGUUACCUCCAAGGGAGCGAGAAUGAAGUGGCAGUUACUCGAACGGAGGGUGACUGAAAUCAUUAUGCAGAAAAUGACCAUAUCCAAUAUGGAGACUGACAUGAAUAGACUACUUAAGCAACGUGAAGAACUUAAAAGGAAAGAGAAGCUAUCCAAAAGGAGGGAGAGAGUUAUCAAAGAAGGUUGCCCAGAGACCGAUAAAAACAUCCACAACAUCAAUGAAGAGAUGGAGUCACUGACUGCAAAUAUAGAUUACAUCAAUGACAGUAUUUCUGACUGUCAGGCAAAUAUCAUGCAGAUGGAAGAAGCAAAGGAAGAAGGAGAGAUUCUGGACGUCACUGCAGUAAUCAAUGCCUGCACUCUAACAGAAGCUCGGUAUCUACUUGACCAUUUCCUUACAAUGGGCAUUAAUAAGGGUCUCCAAGCAGCUCAAAAGGAGUCUCAGAUUAAAGUACUUGAAGGACGCCUUAAACAAACAGAAAUUACCAGCGCAACGCAAAACCAGCUGUUGUUUCACAUGUUGAAAGAGAAGGCAGAAUUAAAUCCCGAACUUGAUGCUCUGCUAGGCCAUGCCUUGCAAGACCUAGAUAGCGUUCCGCUGGAAAAUGUGGAAGAUAGUACUGAUGAAGAUGCUCCUUUGAAUAGCCCCGGGGCGGAAGGAAGUUCCUUAUCUUCAGACCUCAUGAAGCUUUGCGGCGAAGUCAAGCCUAAAAACAAGGCCCGCCGUAGGACGACGACCCAGAUGGAAUUGCUUUACGCCGAUAGCAGUGACCUAACCAGUGACCUAACCCUUGAAGUCAGUGCAGACAGCACAGCUUUGGCUGGCCCUCUUCCGCCUGUUGCAGAAGCUCAGGAAGGUGCAGUGAACAUUGACCUGAGAGAUCCUGCUGUUAGGGAUAGGGAGGCCUCGCAGGCAGCCUUGCCUUCUAAGACGGGCGGCAUGUCUAGGCAGUCAUCUCUGACAGAAAAGAAACUACCAGAACCCUCACCUUUAUCAAAGAGGAAAACCUAUGAGAAAUCUCCAGAUAAACCAAAGACAAAAGAGCAAAAACACUCAGAUUCUGGAACCUCAGAGGCUAGUCUGUCACCUCCUUCCUCCCCACCAAGCCGGCCCCGUAAUGAACUGAAUGUUUUUAGUCGUCUCACUGUUUCUCAGGGAAACACAUCAGUUCACCUGGAUAAGUCUGAUGAAAGUGAUUCCUCUCUGUCGGAGGUACACAGAGGCAUAAUCAACCCAUUCUCUUCAUCCAAAUGCGUCAGAUCUUCGCCAAUUCAUUGUAUUCACAUUGCUGAAGGUCAUACGAAGGCUGUGCUUUGUGUCGAUUCUACUGACGACCUCCUCUUUACAGGAUCAAAAGAUCGCACGUGUAAAGUAUGGAAUUUGGUGACUGGGCAGGAAAUAAUGUCUCUGGGUGGUCAUCCCAACAACGUAGUAUCUGUAAAAUACUGUAAUUAUACUAGCUUGGUCUUCACAGUCUCUACAUCUUAUAUUAAGGUGUGGGACAUCCGCGAUUCUGCCAAGUGCAUCCGAACGCUCACGUCUUCAGGCCAGGCGAUGCCAGUUGAUGCAUGUUCUGGCAGUACCAAUAGAACUGUGACAAUUCCAGCUGGAGAGAACCAGAUCAACCAGAUAGCUCUAAACCCAACAGGCACGUUUCUCUACGCAGCCGCAGGAAAUGCCGUGAGAAUGUGGGACCUGAAGAGGUUCCAGUCUACAGGAAAACUAACUGGUCACCUCGGCCCAGUUAUGUGCCUUACUGUAGACCGCAUUUCCAAUGGGCAAGAUCUCAUAAUUACUGGCUCAAAGGAUCACUAUAUCAAGAUGUUUGAUGUAACUGAAGGAGCUCUGGGAACUGUAAGCCCUACACACAACUUUGAGCCUCCCCAUUAUGAUGGCAUAGAAGCGCUUACUAUUAUGGGAGACAACCUUUUUAGUGGAUCCAGAGAUAAUGGAAUUAAAAAGUGGGACUUGGCUCAAAAGGACCUCAUCCAGCAAGUUCCUAAUGCCCACAAGGACUGGGUCUGUGCUCUUGGACUUGUGCCCGGUUCCCCUGUGCUUCUCAGCGGCUGCCGCGGAGGCGUUCUGAAGCUCUGGAAUGUAGAUACAUUCGCACCAAUAAGCGAACUCAAGGGACACGACAGUCCCAUCAAUGCCAUCUGCACCAAUUCCGGCCAGAUUUUUACUGCAUCGGACGAUCGAACUGUGAGAAUCUGGAAGGCUCCCUGCAGCUUCGAUGGACAGAUCUCCGAUCCUGGUGAUGCAAGCGAAGAUGUGGCCAGCAAUUAAAGACGAGAGUGCUAGACUUCAUAGGCACCUGCUUGCAGCUGGGGGAAAAGAAGAAGAUGCAGCUCAACUGUACCGUUUUAAGUGUGUCGUAUUCUGCUGAAACCGCUGCCCUUAAGAACUGCCUUCUGUACUAUAUUUCAAACACUAGUCUGUUGGUGGUAUGCUUGUCUCACAUAUAGCGGCUGGAUUUGUGUGCAUUUAUUAGCCUUGUAAGUUGAACAAACUGGAAGCCUUUCACCUGGAAUGGUUGUCUCAAGACCUGUAACCUAGGAUAUGAAAGUGCCCUAUGUACCUCACUCUCUGACCCCUUCUGUUCAGCUGAGCUUCACUUUCUGGUUGUAUGCAAUGCGCCAGCAUAUCUAUUGUCUCAUUUCCCGAGCCUUUAAUGGAAGGGCAGCGGGGGUCCUAAAAAGUUUACUUAUGUUUUGCUGCUGUAAGAAACUAAGACUGGAGUGUAAGGGAGGGGCGGGGGUCUUAGUUUGAGACAGAUUACUGCCCUGACUGUGUCAUGCUAACAAUGAAUGCCGUAUGACCUGCGUUAGUUGUUAGCAUUAUACUCUUGCUGACCAAAGUUGUGCAGCUGUGUCUACUCUGUGCUCAGGACUAGAAACUAAAAUGCUGUCGAAUUAUUAACAUUUUAUUAGUGCUCUGCCUACCACAGUAUUCUUACAGAAAAACCUUAAAUCUAUUUUUCUUAUGUUUCCGUCAUCUCACGAUGUUUUAUUUAAGAGAAAAACAAGGUGUCCUUCCUUUUUAACAUACUUUGAUAUGCUGCUAAAUAUAUUUUAGAUAUGUUUGUUGAACCUUGGAGUUAGUUAAAAGAACGGUAGCAACUGUGUCAACAAAGGCCGAGUGUAAAUAGAUGGGGUGUAAAGAGAGACUACCUUAACAAUGUGCCUGUGUGGAUUUUUUAAUUGCUGUAGAUUUGAGUGUGGAUAUUGAACGAGAGGGUUGUAUAAUUUAUCCAGCUUUUCGGAACAUUCAUUUGUAAAUUCAGCAAGUUUUAGGAACAGUGUUUUAUUGGGUUUGCUGUUGGGUAGAGGAUAUGAACUUGUAAAUGUACUGCUUGUGAUAGUUGAUGCUUACAUUAAAAAAAAGACCCAC